AGAGUGAAAAAGUUAGCUACGGCGUUUUUGCCAGCGAUUGGCCACUUAUAAGUAAUAAAUAUCAAAGAGAAGUGGCAUUACUUGGAGUCGCGACUGCAAAAAGAUUGGUUUUCGAAGCCGGACCCUUUAAUGAAAUGACUCUAAGUACAUUUUUAGGAGUGGAGGAUGAUUUUGCAACGCUGGCAUCAGGCUGUACCUACCUAGGCGCGUGUCUCAUUCAACUGUUGAUUUUUUAUUGGUAUAGCAAUGAAGUAACUGUAGAGAGUGCUAAAGUUAGCUACGGCGUUUUUGCCAGCGAUUGGCCACUGAUAAGUAAUAAAUAUCAAAGAGAAGUGGCAUUGCUUGGAGUCGCGACUGCAAAAACAUUGGUCUUCGAAGCCGGACCCUUUAAUGAAAUGACUCUAAGUACAUUUUUAGGAAUUAUACGAGCAAGUUAUAGUUUCUAUACUUUACUGAACAAGACUAAUUAGUAAAACAAAACGUAAAAGGAGUUACUGUAUUAAUAUUCUUGGCUGACAGUGUAGUAAGUACAGAGAGAUUUUAGUGUACAAAUCAAUAUAUCUACCUAAUAGCACAGAUUACUUAAUAGUUACUACGUCUAGUAGCUUCUACUUAAGUAUAGAUAUAGACUUCAAGUGACAAUUAAAUAAAGUUUAUUAAAAAAUGG